UACAGCGUUGUAGGGGUUGGACUGGAGUAGAGCGCAGAAUUAUGUCCAUAAGGAGACGAGACAUGAAGGAAUCGACGAAACUAUAGUGUCACACAUUUUUAUCGAGGUCACCUCAGGGACUCGAAGCUAUUCAACUCCUUGUCCAGAUGUGACUUUUUCAGGACCGUUAUGUCAAACAUGAAACGACAAAGUUCAUGGCAGGAGGAUAUCGCCCGAAACUUUUCCAGACUUUUUCAAAUAAGUAAAUCGCAGGACCCUGAGAAAACAGAGGAAAGCGACAUCAGUGGCCAGCAGAAUGGAGUCAACAGCAGCCUCCGCAGUGAGACCUGUGAAGGGGAACCAUCGCUGCACCAAGAAGACCUGGAGCUGUCCAAGACAUUCCAAGGCACGGAAGAAGAGGGAGAUGUAAGGGAAGGAGUGCUGGGAGAGGCACUGGAGGACAGAGAGAGCCAGGGGAAGGAGAAAGGAGGAGAGGGCAGUAGCAGCAUAUCGGACGAUGCGGGGGGGUCCUCCAAGGACCAGCCCCUCGUCCCACCCCCCUUAGUGGACUCUGUGCCUUGCUCUCCGGCGAGCCCCCCGGGGCCCGACUCUCCCAAGCGUCCUCCCCCUUUAGAUGCUUUCUUCAGGAGACUGGGGAGUCUUUUCCACUUCAAGGCUGAACCCGCCACAGCAGUCCAGCAGCACGAGGAACAGCAGCAGGCAGAGGAGGGAGGAGAAGGACAAGAGGAGGGGGAAACAGCAUUAGCAGUGGGGUCUAUUGAGCCAGACCUUUCAGGAAUGACAUGUGGUGCAGAGGGGGACCAGGACCACUGUGACUCUGCCGGGAGUCUGACGGGAGAACAGGACACUCGGCACACAGAGACAGAGGACAGGGGAGAGGGAGAGUCUGACCUACACAGUGUAUCGACAUCCACAAGGAGUCCAACACACACAGACCUAGAGACUCUGGAGAAACCGAACACAGCCUUGGAGGAGACGCAGGCGGAAGGCCACAGGGGAGGAUGCCGAGAGGGCAAAGCAGCGGCAGACAGCAGCCCAUUGAGUGAAGUUGAAGAGGCGGUGGAUGAGCAUCAGCGGCGCCUGGCCCUGGCCUGUCCGCCUGUGGUGACGUACGGGACAUACUGUGGCCAGAGGGACAAACGCAGGAUGAGGCGGAGGCACCAGGUGCAGGUGGAAUCCCCCAAUUCAGGUGUAGAGGGCAGCACCUUGGGUGCGGUGACACACUCCACUUUAGAACUCGCCAUUUCAAAACAAAGUGACAUUCAGACUGUAUCGAUAAAUCAGAUUGGAGCUACAACCUCAGAAACCAAUGAGAGAGGAGCUUGGACUUCGGAAACAGACUCUGUUUUGGGUCCAACUGGACCUGAGUCUAGUCACAUUCCACUAACAACACAGACAGCAGAAAGGGCUGUGAGUCAAAGUGCCUUCCCUUCAUCCGGAGAGACAAGCCUGGCUACUGUAGGAGGCCAGGCCAAGGAUUCUCUCUCUAGGGUUGGCUCCAUCACAUGCUCCCCUCCCGCACCCACAGAGGACUCUGCUGAUGCCAGGACUAGUACAGCAGUCAGUGAGACCCACAGUGCAGAGCUGAGCCCACGGGAUAAAAUGACUCAUGCAGAGAUGGCCAGCGAGGAUAUGAACAGGGACACAGACGGGGACAGAGACACAGGGCUAAGUGAGUGUUUUCAGACUGGGUCACCUUCAUUUGCUGCUGCGUGGCCAGGCACCGGGGGGACUGCGCAGGACACACAUCUGCCUGCCGCUGUUUCCGAUGGUGAUGGAGGCCAACUGGCUCCGCAUUCCAUUUCACCGUCUGCCUCGCUUUUAUCAGCAACCGAAAGCCAGGGACCCAUUCCAGCAACUAGGCACUCAGAUUCUGGGGAUGCACUGGAUACAGGCCCUGGUGCUGGACUGCACUGCUUUGAGUCAGGGAAGGAGGAGGGGGACGUUGGUCCUCCAGACGAUCUGUUUGAGGAGGCCCUUCAUUUGGAGUCUAAAAUGAUGGUGGAUAACAUUGUGAAGAAUGCUCUAGCAGCCCUGGAGAGAAUUGAAUCCUCUGAGUUGGAGGAGGGUGAAGUGCUCCAGAAGGCCAGUGAGGAGAUUUACCUGGUCCUACCCGUAGGCAGAGUGGAGGAGGAGGACGUGGAUCCAUCCUUCGAGCCGGAUAAGCUGGUGGAGGUAGAGCCUUCAGAGAGGGGGGAUGACAGACACCCAUCAGCCGUCCCGGCAGAACAGACUCUCUCAUUAAACCCCAACCCUCUAUCGGAGGGCCCCAGGUCCACCCCCUCCUCGGGGUACGAGUCUAUUGCAGGCUCGGACACUGACAUCAGGAGCAGCCCUGGGCCGGCCUGUGAGAGCAGUGCCCCCACCUUUGCUGUCUCAGACCACAGGCAGGGAGAACACUGUGCCGAGGGGACCAAAGGCACUGGUCUUCAGCUACUGGUCAAAGGUCAACGGCUAAUGGAUGCUAAUGAGCAACCGCAAGGGGAAGAGGAUUCCCAGCCAAAUGAUCCUAUUGAAUCUGAAUACAGUGGUGAUAAGCACCAGAAAGAUGUGUUUCCUCUCUUGGGCGGUAGAGUGUCCUUCGAGAAACCAGGUCUCUAUGGUGAUGACGGAGAUAUUAUUCAAAUAAUGAGAGCGGGUCUUGAGUAUGAGUCUGUCUCAGGGAAAACUAAUGAAAACAAAGAUCAAGUGCUCUGCACUUCAGGGGACAAUGGUUGUAACGAGGUGCUAGGCGUUAAAGAAACACAGGUAGGAGACGGCGCAGUCCACGUAGCCAAAGAUGAUAUCGAAAGCAAUAGACAUAGUCCUAAACAAGAUGGUAAUGCUCAAUAUGGUCAUGUUUCUGUGUCCAAUAACUCAGAAAGUCCCAAUAAGCUCAAAAGCACUCUGAAUGACAAUACUUACCUGAGAAACCAAACAGCUUUUCCUGAGCCUGAUCUGCUUAGGAAAAGUUUCAAAUAUGAAGCUAAGGGCAAUUCUGAGGCAAACCUCAUGUCAGUCAGACCAAAACACACCCCAAACUCAAUAGAACCAUCUCAAGUCAGACAUGCUAUAAGUCAGAAGCCUGUUGCCUGUAUAACGCUUUAUGAUGACGGCCAAGAGAGCGGCCCUGAAAUAUCAUUGAAAGUUGGGCUGAAUGGGCUGAAUGACAUCCCGGUCAGUGGGGAUCAAAGCUUUGUACUGGUUGAGACUUACUUAGCCUCUGUGUUCUCAGAGGGCUCUGACUCUGGGGGUGAAGAAGAUGAGGCCCACUGCAGAACAACAGGCACCAUCAGCAUGGACCCCUCUUUCUCAAGGAGACUCCCCAAGGACCUGAGCACCUCAGAGGGCCUUGUGUCUAAUUCAGCUACAGAUUCCAGUAACGAGGACAGGCCACAGUUGAGCUCGGUGAGUGCGUAUCGAUGCAACAUCUCUCUGCAGCAGCAGAGUCAGGACUCCGAGACACUGGGACACAGUGGUGCAGGUUCAGCCACAGCAGUUAUGGCAGGGUUUCACCAGGACCUGGGCAGCAGGCUAGCUGGGCUCCAUGCUACAGGAGGCCGGAGAGCCCCAGGCCUGGAACCUCUCCUCCCCCUCCUCCCUGUCCCCCAGCUUGCCUUCCACGACAUGGAGGCAAGUGGUUUCUCCAUCAUUGACGAGGAGGAGGAGACAGAUGCGGUGUUCGUCAAUGACACAGGCCCCAUGCUGAGCCCCACGGUACGGCGGGCCAAGGCCUACCCCUUCUCCCUAUCUCCCAUCGUGGAAGAGGACAGUCUUCGCAGCGAGGCAGAGGGGGGCCUGUCGCGGGAGGACAGGGGCCUCAUGGUGCCCCCGGCCACAGAGGAGCUGAGGAGUCUGAGCGGAGGUGUAGGGAUGGAACAGCUAGCCUCAUCCUCCUCUUUGUCCAUCCUGUCCCUGCUGCAGUCGGUCAGCGAGCGCCUGCAGUCCAGCGGCUACUCUGACAACGACGCAGACUCAGAGGAGCCCUCCACCCCUCCUCUACGGCGCCCCCUAUGGGAGUUCUUCAACAGGGGCCAGGGGGAGGAUAAGGAGGGGGAUGGCCAGGGAAUGGAUGGAGACCAAAGCAGCAAGCAGGAGGGCCCAGGCUCUCUGACACUUCCUACUGAUUUAUUCACUAUGGGACCUCGAGAUGGGGAUCCAAUGAAGGACGUGAAGAAUCUUUCCACCCCUUGGAUUACAAUCCAAAAGCCUGCAGAUUCACCAAUGUAUCAGUAUUUGAAAUCAGUGCAUCCAGUGUUGCUGGAGCCUGAUGAUGACAACAGUAAACAUCAUGCCAAACUCAUUCCGCGCCUCAGUGAUAACUGUCCAUCAACAGCAACUGACAUUGGGGGAAAUUGGAGUUAUGGGAAGGUCAUCCCAAGGCCUACACUGAUGAACAUCUAUGAUGGUGUGACGUUCUCUGGGGAGAUGCGGGAGAUCCAUAGAGACCAGGAGGAUUCUGGGAUGGUGUUUCCGCAGGGUGCCUCAGUGCGAGUCCUGGGAGGAUGCUGGCUGUUAUACCUGGAGCCGGGGUUCCGGGGCCCCGGGAUGCUGCUGGAGGAAGGGGAGACAGUACUGAGCCACCAACCAGGUCAGCAGCAGGCCAGCCAGGGGACAGAGGACAAGCCCACCACAAUCACCAUCGGCUCCAUCAGAAGACUAGUGAAGGAUGACGGCACUCCAGAAAUCCAUCUGCUUCCAGCCGGAGUGCCAGGAGGAGCCACGGAACGUCUCAACUCGGAAGCAGACAGCUUGGGGACACGUGUUGGACCUAUCCACCUCUCAAACCUGACUGUCAAGUCUGGCUGUUGGCUUGCCUACUGUAGCCCUGGUUUCCAUGGGAACUAUGCGGUUAUGGAAGCAGGCGGCUCCACAACACCUGGCGUUGGUCAUCCCCAGGUCACCACUGUGAGGUCACUGAGACCCCUCAGAAUGAGUGGGCUCAGAGUGAGGAGACCUCUGGAUCCUAAGAUGUUGGUGUUCGAGCAGCCCCUCUUCCAGGGGCAGGGCAGAGAGCUGAGAGGCCAAACCCCCAGUCUGGGAGCUGUAGCUGGGCUGAAGGGGGCGUCGUCGCUACGGGUCAUUGGUGGAGUAUGGGUGGGCUACACUGGAGAGGACUACACAGGACGGCAGUAUUUACUGGAGGAGGGAGAAUACAGUGACUGUGCAGAUCUGGGUGGAGCCGAUCACCCUCUGCUGCUUUCUUUCCGUUUCUUACAGGCAGACUUCAUAGAGCCUUCAGUCUCACUGCAGGAGGACACUGGCUCUCCUGGAGCCGGGAGAAGGGACAUUUUGGAUCUGGACGUCCCUGAUCUGGAGAAGGAUGGAGCCACUGAAAAGACCACCACAUUCUGUGUGAAGAGUGGAGUAUGGGUGGCGUACAGCGAGAAAUGCUUCAGUGGAGAGCAGUGCAUACUGGAGAAAGGCAAACAUCCUGCCACUCUGCACUGGGGUGGCAACUAUGGAGCAGCCAAGUCUAUCCGACCCAUACGAUUGCAGGACCUUUAUGGCACCAGAGAACCAAAGUUCAUGCUGUGGGCCUACAGCCAGCCCCACUACAGGGGAGUGAGUGAGGGGUACGAGGGGGAGGCAGGGCACUGUGGCUCUGCCUCCCCCAUGUCCUUCAGAGUCAUCAGGGGAAGUUGGCUGCUUUUUGAUGAGGAGGGUUGCUGUGGAAACCAGUACGUCCUGGGAGAGGGCCUUUAUCCCGAUCUCAUUUCCUGUGGCUGUGUGGCCGCUUCUGUCAAAUCACUGAGGCCCAUUCCCUAUAGUUUCUCCGACCCGUCCAUCAGCCUGUUUUCCCUGAGUUCCUUUGAGGGCCUCAAGAUGGUUGUUGUGACGCCCACAGAGCACAUGAAGGACUUCUUCACCCAGUCUCUGCAGGUCCACAGUGGACUGUGGGUGGUGUAUGAAUACAGUAACUAUAAGGGCUGUCAGAUGCUGCUGCAGCCAGGGGAGCUUCCUAUGUGGGGAGAGCACAGUGGCUGGGACACGAUUGGCUCCUUACGGCCCCUCAAACAGCCCAGGCUGUAUGUACAGGUGAAGAGCCGUGCUCUGGGCUCACUGCUGACCUCUGAGAGUGUCAAGGACGACUCCUCCCCAGCCAGAGUGAUCCUGUCCCCGGCCUGCUCUCUGGACACCCAGCGCUGGCUCUUCACUGGAGGGCUGCUCCGCUGCAAGGCCAGUAAGGCGUGUCUUUCAGUGAUCGGGGGGAAGGCAACAGUUGGGGCCAGAGUGGCCCUGUGGCCGGAGCAUGGACGCACACACCAGAGAUGGAGCCUGAACCACAACGGAACCAUCUCUUCCCAUCUCAACCACAAACUAGUACUGGACUUAAGAGGUGGAACGGGUUUCAAGAGGGACCACCUGGUCGUCAAUGAAUUUGCCACUGAUCAGGCCACACAGUUCUGGGACAUAGAAGAAUAUUUCAAAGACUCAUAAAAAGUCCGGCCAAAGUGUCCCAGCACAGUAUGGGAUAGCGUAGUGUUUGUUUCUACCCUGGCAGAGCACUUCUCCCAGCCAUCUGGCCCACGUGUCCAUUACGACAGAGCAAGAAGCAUCGUGUUCAUUUCCUGUCUUGUUCUGUUUGAUCUCAGGACCCAGAAACCAUUGCAGCAACACUGAUACAGAGUAGCGAUACAGAAUCCAAUUGUCUUUAUCUACUUGAACAUGUCAGUGUGGCACUUAAUUUGUAGACAGUUGAGAACUGACAGAGGUAUAAUUAAAUGUCAAAUUAGAGGAUUUUUUUGUUGUUGCUGAUGUCAAGGAAUUUGCUGCUGUAAGCUACCCUCGUGCUUAAAACAUCAUGAUGUCAUCUCACCACUAACUGCCGCUAGCCCAAGGUUAAAUAGUCACUGGCCCGCUACAAAUGUGUUCAGUGGGAGUGUUUUAAAUGAGCAUCUGGUUAUUUCACUGAAGUAAACACAGAACCUUAAUAUAUAUGUAUGAUAUUCAGGAAUAGCUAUAUUCAAAUAUAAAAAUACAAAAAAUGGAUGUCCAUAAAGAUAAGAUGACAGUGUACAGUUCAGGCAAGCUGAUGGUAUAUUAAUAAAGAUGUUUCUUUUUAAAUCUGUGACUAAUAUUAAAGGUCAAUGUCAUAUCUG